GGCCUGUGGCGGAGCCCGUCGGCGGUCGGUCGGUCGGUCGGUCGGUCGGUCGGUCGGAGCGAGCCGGUUGCCGGGUGAUCGCGAGCGGGUCUCCCCCCUCCCCCCGCAGUUGGGCGGCCUCUCUCCGCGGGAGAAGAUGGCGGAUCGGGCGGAGAUGUUUUCUCUCUCCACCUUCCACUCCCUGUCCCCGCCGGGAUGCAGGCCGCCUCAGGACAUCAGCCUGGAGGAGUUUGAUGAUGAGGAUCUGUCUGAGAUCACCGACGACUGCGGCAUUGGCCUAAACUACGACUCUGACCACUACGAGAAGGACAGCCUGAGUUUGGGGCGCUCAGAGCAGUUGCACCCCAUCUGCACAUUCCAGGAUGAUUUCCAGGAAUUUGAGAUGAUUGAUGAAAACGAGGAGGAAGAGGAAGAGGAGGAGGAGGAGGAGGAAGAGCGGCAGAGCAGGGAGGAGGGAAAAGGGGACGAUGGGGAAGGCACUGGCCGGAAGGCCCCAGUCCCAUCUCCUACCCCCGAGGACACACUCACACACAGGCCGACCACCCUGUCCUUCUCUGCCCCGGGAACCCAGGACUCUCUGAACAACAACAAUAACAACAAGAAGCCCAGCCGGAGAAGCCCCCCGCGUUCCCCGCGGGCUACGUGGCAGGAGACGGUCCUGCGCUCCCCUCCGGCCGCACCUCACGACGCCCGCCGGUCCCCAUCGCCGCACUCGUGCGUGCAGGACGGCCCCCGCGGCCCAGGCGGCCCGCGGGGACCCGCCGCCUUCGACUGCCAAGGCAACCGGGCGGGAGCGCUCCCGGCCCCGCACCCCGCGGGACCCGACCCCAACCGCAACCUGCAGGCCGCCGCCGCCGCCGCCUCCUCCUCCUCCUCCUCCUCCUCCUCCUCCUCCUCCGCCGUCCAUGGCGAGGGCGAGGGCGAGGAGCCGCCCUGCUGGGCCCGGCCGGGGCCCCGCUCGCUCCCCGAGCCCGACAGCACCUCGUCCCCUUCCUCGGAUCCCGGGAUCGAGGCGGACCUGACCUCCCGCGCCGGCAGCCGGGGCCGGGGCCGGGGCCGGGGCCGGGGCCGGGGCCGGCGGGGCAGCGAGGACCUGUCGUCUCCCGGCUCCGGCUCGGGCUCCGAGUCGGAGGAGGACGAGGGCGAGCUGGCGGCGGCGCCGGGCGGGGGCCGGCUGCGCGGCCACAUGAUCUCGUCCAUCUCGGAGACCGAGCUGGAUCUGAGCAGCGACGGCGGCGGCGGCGGCGGCAGCAGCAGCUGCAGCAGCGGCGGCGGCGGCGGCGGGGGCGGCAGCAGCGGCGGCGGCCGCUCCUCGCACCUGACCAACUCCAUCGAGGAGGCGUCGUCCCCGGGCUCCGACCCCGACGAGCCCCCGCCGCUUCCGCGGGCCCCGGCCCGAGGCCCCGAGGCCCCCCGCGGCGAGCCCGCCCCGCGCCCCUUCUUCCUGCCGGUGGUGGGGCCGGCGGCGGGGCCGGGGCCGGGGCCGGCGGCGGCGGGCGACAGCGAGUACGAGUCGGGCUCGGAGUCGGAGCCGGACCUGAGCGAGGACUCGGACUCGCCCUGGCUCCUCAGCAACGUCGUGAACCGCAUGAUGUCCGAGGGCUCCUACCCCAUCCGCUGCCCCGCGCAGUGCCUGUCGCCGGCCGGCGGCUCCGCGGCCCGCUCCCCCGCCGACACCAUCUCGCCGGCCUCGGAGCUGGGCCGGGAGGUGGAGGAGCCGCGGCGGCGGCGGAGGCGGCGGCGGCGGGGGGCGGCCCCCGGCCCGGCCAGCAUCGAGCUGGUGGACAUGGAGACGCUGCGCUGCUCCCUGCAGGCGGGGGAGGCCGAGGUGCCCCCUCCCAGCGGGCCCCCGGGCCCCGCCGCCCCCGCCGCCCCGCAGCCCGGGCCCUUCCUCUUCCUCAGCAACCCCACGCGCGACACCAUCACGCCCGUGUGGGCCCCGGCAGGCCCGGCCCGGCCCCAGGACAGCGGCCGCACCAAGCCCUGCUGCGUGGCCGCCGAUUCGGAGGACGAGGAAGAGGAGGACGAUGAGGAAGAGGAGGAAAGGCAGGGGGGCAGGUGGGGGCCGCAGGUAGGGCCGGGAAGGGCAGGGGCGGCCCCCGCCCUGGACGCGUCCCUCGUGUACGACGCCGUCAAGUACACGCUGGUGGUGGACGAGAACACGCAGCUGGAGCUGGUGAGUCUGAAGCGCUGCUGCUCCACCCUCAGCGACAGCAGCGGCGGCGGCGACAGCGACAACGGCAGCGACGACAGCGACGACAGCGACUUGCUUCUGGGCCGCCGAGCCCAGGACUCGGGCCCCUCCUCCCCCAGGGCAGGGGACUCGUCCCCGGACGCCCCCGACCUGCACUUUUCCAAGAAAUUCCUCAACGUGUUUGUGAACAGCACUUCUCGCUCCUCCAGCACAGAGUCCUUUGGCCUCUUCUCUUGUAUGAUCAGCGGGGAGGAGCGGGAGCAGACUCACCGUGCCGUCUUCAGGUUCAUCCCCCGGCACGCGGACGAGCUGGAACUGGACGUGGACGACCCGGUGCUGGUGGAGGCCGAGGAAGCCGAUUUCUGGUUUCGGGGGUACAACAUGCGCACCGGGGAGCAGGGCAUAUUCCCAGCCUUCUACGCUCACGAGGUGUUCGGCCCUGCCAAAGACUUGCUGGGGGUGAAGCGCAGCCCGUGCUGGGUGGAGCGUUUCAACGUCCAGUUCCUGGGCUCCGUGGAAGUUCCACACCACCAGGGGAACGGCAUUCUGUGUGCCGCCAUGCAGAAGAUCGCCACUGCUCGGAAGCUGACCGUCCAUCUGCGUCCUCCCGCGUCCUGUGACCUGGAGAUCUCCCUGCAGGGGGUCAAGCUGAGCCUCAGCGCCCUGGGGCCAGAUGAGGAGGUGGAACGCUGCAGCCAUUUCUUCCAGAUGAAGAACAUUUCCUUCUGUGGCUGCCACCCCCGGAACAGCUGCUACUUCGGCUUCAUCACCAAACACCCCGUGCUGAGCCGCUUCGCCUGCCACGUCUUCGUCUCCCAGGAGUCCAUGAGGCCGGUGGCCCAGAGCGUCGGCCGCGCCUUUCUGGAGUAUUACCAGGAACAUCUGGAGUUCGCCUGCCCCACAGAGGACAUUUACCUGGAGUAGGGCCGCCCGCAGGCCCGAGCACCCACCCACCGGCCCGCCACCCUCCAUGAGCGGAGAGACGCACCGCCCGCCUGUCCGUCCGUCCGUCCGCCCGUCCGUCCGUCCUCCCGCCCAACCGCCCGCCCACCUGAGCCUCACUCCCAAGUCGGCUUUGCCCCGCCCGGCCGCCCGGCCGCCCGCUCCCGGCCCGCGCCAGCCCCGGGGCUGUGGGUCCGUUUCUGCGAGGCCACAGCCGCCCCCUCCGAGACCAAAGCUGAACCUUGGCUGGGGGUAGGGUGGGGGGAAGGGGCCGGACAGGCGCCGGCGGCCCUCGCGGCGGAGGGGAAGGGCCCCGCAGGCCCCGACGGACACGGUCCUGUCUGUCGUCCCCCGGCCCUAUCUGUCCAGUCAGCUUCAGGCGUCUCCCCGGGUCCUUGAAACUCCUUGUCUCGAGCCCCUGGGGCCAGAGCUCCCGCUGGCCACCCCGAGCCUCGCUCCGGCCCGCACGCUAGCGGUCGAACCCCAGCCGGCGUGGACAGCGGCCGCCGCCGCCUCCUCCCCCGGGGUCCUCUGCCUGGGUCCCCCCCUCCCCCCCAGGUCACC